GCCGUUAAUGAUAAAUAAUAGAGUAAAAGGAAAUCCAAAAGGAUUUCAUAUAUUAAGGGAUUUAAGGGGUGAUUUUGUGUAGGUGGUCCAUCAAGUACAUAAACUGCUCAUUUGCCUUGCAUAUCAAGCAACUCUUUCAUCUUCUCUGCAAUUCUCUCUCUCUUUCUUCUUAAAAAAUUUAGUAGCCAAAAAAAAAAAAAAAAAAAAUACAAAACAUUUUCAUGGCAAAAGAAUCAUGAUCACCACUCCAGCUCAAAACCCAUGUGAGUUCAUCUUUUUCCUUUAUUUCUCCCUUCUUCUCUCUCUAUUUUCUUAUUUCCUUUAAUUUAAUUUCCCUCCUUUUUCUUCCUUCUUUCUCUGUAAAAAGCUUGAUUCUAGGAAAAACAAAAUUCUUAUCUUAAUGACCCAUAAACCCCAUUUUUAAUUUUAUUUUUUUUUACAAAAAAAAAAAAAAAAAAAAAUUCAAUUUCACCCCUAUAAUUUUCUCUAAUUUGUGUUUUUUCUAACUUGACAAUUGGGUAUCUUUUUUUUAAACUUUACUAAAAUUUCCCUCACCCCACCAAAUAUUCCAUUAAUUUCACCAAUACCCCUUUAAAAAAAUCAUGUUUAUAAGUUUAUAACAUAAAAUGUUGUAAUUUUAAUUCAAUCAACAACUCCAAAUUUUACCCCUUUUUUCCCUCUUUAUUUAUUUAUUUAUUUAUUUUUUUUUUUUUAUAGUUUUUAUAUUUUAUUAUUUUAAAUUCUUAAGGCUUUAGGAAGCAGUUAGUCAAGAAAUAUAAGAACCGCCAUACUUAAUUUGGGAAAGUCCUUUAAAGGUGGGUUAUUGUAUACCUAUUUGUCUGAACCCACCUUUUCCUUUUUCAUCUUCUUCAAUUCUUCUUCUUCCGUUAAAGUUUUCACCAAUUUCUGGGUUUAUUAAUUUUUUUUUAUUUUCCACUUUUUAUAUUCAAAAUUUAUAUAAAUAUCCAAUAAUAUUUUUUCCCCUUUUAUUCAAAGUUAGUAUAUGUGUCUCUCUCUAGAGUAAGUGUGUGUUUUUUAGCUGAGUUCCACCGUGACUGUCAGUUUCUUCCCUUUCUUCUUCUUCUUCUCUUCUUAUCCCCUCAUUUUCUCUCUCCUCCAUCUCUAUCUCGUAUUUUUUUCUUGGAGAAAAAAACCAUUUUUCCAACUGGGUUUUCAAUUUUAUCAUCUGGGUUGUCAUUAAUUUCAUCUGGGUCUUUCGAUUUUCUUGUAUUCCAAUCAAAAUCGUGUGCUCUUCUCGUGUUAAAUAAACCCUUCUUUUUGUUCUUGUCGAUUUUUGGUGCAGUUUUGAUGGAUGAUAUUCAAGGAAUGAUCAUUGAUGGUGUGUUAGUACAACAACAACAACAAUUGUUAUUGAUGAUGAAGAGUGUUAUUUGAAGUGUAGAAGAAGCAAAGGUCACUAUUGUUAUAAUAAUAAAGGAAAAAAAGUAUUAUUAUUAUUAUUAUUAGUAGUAGUAGUAUAGUAGUUAGUAUAAUUAUAUCAUUCAAAAAAAAGUUGAGGGAGUAUUAGGGAAGAAUUCUUAAUUAGUUUUUAUAAUUAAUUAGGUUUUAGUUAGCUAUGAAUAAUAAUAAUAGUAGUAACAAAUCCCAAUUAAGCUCCAUUAGUAGCGCGAGCGAUCUCAUAGAUGCUAAGCUUGAGGAACAUCAGCUUUGUGGAUCGAAACAGUGCCCUGGUUGCGGUCAUAGACUCGAAGGAUCAAAACCGGAUUGGGUAGGUCUACCAGCUGGUGUUAAAUUUGACCCAACAGACCAAGAGUUGAUAGAACAUCUUGAAGCAAAAGUGGAAGGAAAAUCAUCCAAAUCUCAUCCUUUAAUUGAUGAGUUUAUCCCUACUAUUGAAGGUGAAGAUGGUAUUUGUUACACUCAUCCUGAAAAACUCCCAGGAGUGACUAGAGAUGGAUUGAGUAGACACUUCUUCCAUAGGCCGUCGAAGGCCUACACCACCGGAACACGAAAACGAAGAAAAAUCCAAACCGAAUGCGACCUCCAAGGGGGCGAAACCCGGUGGCAUAAAACAGGCAAGACAAGGCCAGUAAUGGUGAAUGGGAAGCAAAAGGGGUGUAAGAAGAUUCUAGUCCUAUACACAAACUUUGGCAAAAAUCGAAAACCCGAGAAAACAAAUUGGGUGAUGCAUCAAUAUCACUUAGGACAACAUGAAGAGGAAAAAGAAGGGGAGUUAGUAGUGUCCAAAAUAUUCUACCAAACACAACCUAGGCAAUGUAAUUGGACAAUGGAACGUAGCGCGACAACCGGAGAUGGAAGUGAGCCUAGUGGAAGAAGAGAGAGUGGAAGUGGUAGUGGAAGUACUUCUUCAUCUAAAGAAGUGAUUACUCAUCAUAGUAGAGAUGAUCAAAUAUCUAUUUCUGCUGGUGUUAAUGUUGUUGGUGGUGCUGCUGCCGCGCUUUCGAGUUUUACUGCGUUGGAUAUGCAGCAUUUGAGAGCUGCUGAACAAUUCAGCUUUAAUCCAUUUGCUAAUAAUAAUACCAGAAAAGGUUUUGAUGAGGCGGGAAUGGGAGAUGGUUCAACAACAGUAAGGGAAAGUGCCGCCAUGUCGGCGGCAUGCGACGACCACGAGCCAAGGCCACAACAUCAUCAGCUUCAUCACCAUCCUCAUGCUAUGAAUGCUCCCCAAGAUCAUCACCAUCAUCAUACACACCAAUCCAUAGCAACCUCGGCCGCCUUUCACAUGAGUAGACCAUCACAUCCCAUUUCCCAAAUCAUCUCCCCUCCUCCCCUCCAUCAUGCUUCCAUUAUUCUUGAUGAUGAUUCCUUUCACCAUGUAUCGCGAAUCAUGCUCCAAAAUGAAAAUUUUCAUCAUCAUCAGCAACAACAGCAGCAACAACAACAUCAGCAGCAGCAACAACAACAGCAGACAACACAACAACAACAACAUCAUAAACUUGGAGGAAGGUCUGCUGCUGGUUUAGAAGAAAUCAUCAUGGGCUGCACUUCUUCUGCUUCUGAUGGUGGUGAUAUCAAGGAAGAGUCUUCCAUGACAAAUCCACCAGCAGAAACAGAUUGGAUGAAGUACUCCUCUUUCUGGCAUGAUCCUGACCAUUCAGAUCCUCAUCAUUAUCAUGGGUAAAACCCGAAAAAAAAUUGAAAAAAAAAGGCAAACAAUUUAAAUUUAUUUUUACAGGGAAAAAAAAAAAACAAUUCUAUCAUCAACAUAUAGUAUAUCCAAAGGCUUCGUCUAUUUUUCUUUUAAACGGAAGCCAAAAACAUUUGGUCAGAUGGUUUGACAGAAGACCUACUCGAUCGAUCUAUAUACAAAGCAUAUACUUGUAUAUGUAUACAUAUGGCCUUGGUAAUACUUGUUUA